AUGCGAAUGAAACUCUGGGGAAGAUGGACGUCGAAAAGCCUGAUGGACGAACGGCUCGAUGCACUGCGCAAUGCUGUGUCAUACGAAGAUUGGGAACACGCUGCAUUGCAGUUGGAUAAUCUUAAGGAAUUGAAUCUUUGGCGCAACAACCCCCCGUCGCAUUACUACGAUUGGAUGCUCAUCAACGAUCGUCUCGAUACUAUCGCCGAAGCUCGUGAUAAUAAUGACUUACAGUCUCUCCUCGACCUCGUACAAUCCGGCCUGGUUCGAAACCUCGGAAAUAUCACAGCCCCAAGGUUGUAUAACCGAGCCUUUGCCGGAACCAAAUAUCUGAUUGAGGAAUACAUUGCGCAAGUCGCUGGUGCCAUUGACGACAUCAAUCGUCGUGUCGUUACGCCGCUGCACGACAGCUAUACUCAUACGUACACCCUCUCGACUCAGCGAAAACUCGACUUCCUACACGAUUCGAGACAGGCUUUUGGACGGAGCACUCUAGUGCUACAGGGUGGUGCUAUGUUCGGAUUGUGUCAUCUAGGUGUUGUCAAGGCCUUAUUUCUACGGGGUCUACUGCCGCGUAUUAUUACGGGCACGGCGACCGGUGCGCUCAUUGCUAGUCUAGUAGCUAUCCAUACAGAGGACGAGCUUCCUCGCGUGUUGAGAGGAGACGGCAUUAAUCUAUCGGCCUUCAAGACACACGAACAACAAAUACAUAGUGACAAGUGCAACUGGGCACCAUUUCUCAGUACUUUGUUGCGUAGGAUUGCGAGGUUCUGGCACGAAGGCUACUUUCUCGAUGUUAAGGUUCUGGAGGAUUGUGUUAGAGACAACCUCGGCGACUUGACGUUUGAGGAAGCAUAUCACAGGAGUAAGCGCGUCUUAAAUAUUACCGUGGCUACAGCGGAACAAGAGGGAAUUCCCGCAUUACUGAACUAUAUUACCGCCCCUAAUGUGUUAAUUCGGACCGCGGCUGUCGCAUCUAACGCGUCAACUCCGUCACUCUACGGAAGCAGACGGACGACGGUGCUAUGCAAAGAUAUAGACGGUAAGAUUAUACCCUGGGCGCCAGCGAAUACCUUCCGUCCGUGGACACAUGCAUCAGCCAAGGACCGCAAAUCGCCGCUGUCGCGUGUCGCCCAGCUCUUUAAUGUCAAUCACUUCAUAGUUAGUCAAGCUCGGCCUUAUUUGAUUCCCUUCCUCGAAUCGGACAUGCACGGCCCAUCGCUCUUUACGGCGCGACACAAACGGGCACAGAUGACGAGCCACCUGUUCAGGGUGGUCGGACUAGAGAUUCGCCAUCGGCUACGUCAGCUAGACACACUUGGUCUGUUGCCGACCGGCAUUCGAAAGUUCUUGGUAGACGAGGAGGUCCCAUCGGGAUCGAGUAUGACGCUCGUGCCUAAGGUAACGACACGCGACUUCGUGCGCCUGCUCGAGACCCCAACACGCGAGACCCUAGACUACUGGAUUCUACGCGGCGAACGGAGCGUGUGGCCGGCCGUGUGUGCACUAACCAUCAGAUGUGCGGUCGAAUAUGAAAUUGAGAGUGCAUAUCAGCGUGCGCGUAGCUUGAAAGCCGGGGGUCUGAGGCGAAAGGCGAGCACCGGGGGAGCGGUGCCGCCGGCAGGCCUGGUUGAUGCGAAGACAAUCGCGCCUGGUGGGUUAACGCCCGAAGGAGUUUCACAGAGCGCGGCAGCGAACUAA